CACACACGUGUUCGGUGACGUGGUACCUUGUCUUGGCGCUCCCUCUCCCUCUCUCUCACUCUUCUUCAUUCUUUCUUUCCCUCUCCCCUUGCUUCCUAUUUUUAGAGAGAGAAAACAGAUGGAAUGGAAGACACCUUCUUUCUAGAGAGAGAAAGUUAAUAUCACACAGAGCUAAUCAAUUUAAUUAACGUAAAUUAAAUUUUAUAUGCGUAAAGGUGUAAUUUGUGUCUUCUGGAUUUGAUAUUUGAGUGUUAAUAAGUUAAUUAGACCCUCUAGCAAGACUCUGUGGAGGAGGCUAUGGGGAACUCCGAUGAUGUGAAGGCUGUUAAGCCCGAGAAAUUAGCUUCACCUCCGCCCCCACCCCCGCUGGAUCAGUCCAACAUCCAUGUCUAUCCUGAUUGGGCUGCUAUGCAGGCAUAUUAUGGACCCAGAGUUGCUGUGCCACCAUACUUUAAUCCAGCUGUUGCAUCAGGCCAAGCCCCUCACCCUUAUAUGUGGGGACCACCACAGCCAGUGAUGCCACCUUAUGGUGUACCUUACGCUGCUCUAUAUGCGCAUAGUGGUGUCUAUGCACAUCCAGGAGUCCCUCUUGCAGCUAGUCCUGUGAGUAUGGACGCACAUGCUAAAUCCUCAGGAACUACGGAGCACGGCUUAAUGAAAAAGUUGAAAGGACUUGAUGAUCUUGCGAUGUCUGUUGGCAAUGGAAAAGCUGACAGCAGUGACGAUGGGAUGGAACGUACGCUUUCACAGAGCAAGGAGACUGAAGGUUCCAGUGAUGGUAGUAAUGAAAAUUCUAAAAGGGCUGCUGUAAAUGCUCGGAAAAGAGGUCGAGAUGAAGCACCUAUUAUGACUGGAGAGGUGAAGAUUGAGACACAGAGCAGUUUAAUCCCCUCCCCUCGAGUUAAAUCUGAGAAGGUGCUAGGUAUUGCUGUGGCUACUUCGUUGGUAGCAGGGAAAGUAGUUGGAACAGUAGUUUCUCCUAGCGUUACCUCAUCGCUGGAGCUCAAGGAUUCUCCAAAAGAACAUGCAGUAAAUAGUCCAGCUGGUGGUCAACAACCUUCUGCUAUGAUGCCAAAUGACUCAUGGCUGCACAAUGAGCGAGAUCUGAAGCGAGAGAGGCGGAAGCAGUCUAAUCGUGAAUCUGCAAGAAGGUCAAGGCUGAGGAAACAGGCAGAGGCUGAAGAGCUUGCCAUAAAAGUAGACUCUUUAACUGCUGAAAAUAUGGCACUUAAAGCUGAAAUUAACCGAUUGACAGUGACUGCAGAAAAACUGACAAAUGAUAACUCUAGAUUACUGGAGGUAAUGAAAAAUGCACAGGCAGAACAUGCUGCAGAUGUAGGUUUAGGGAACAAUAAUGAAAAGAAGGCAUCAACACUCAGUACUGCUAACCUACUCUCCAGAGUUGACAAUGCAGGCUGUGGUGAUAGGGAUGAAGGAGAAGGUGAAGUGUAUGAGAAGACGACAAAGUCUGGUGCAAAACUUCACCAACUUCUGGACGCUAACCCCCGAACAGAUGCCGUUGCUGCUGGCUGACCAGUCGCCUCUGGUAUUGCAACCUAUAUUCAGCUGGUUUUUAAGCAAAUCCUGUAGUUUUGGCAUAAUUAUAAGCCCAAAAUUACUGCUAACAGUAGCAUUUGGGCCAUGAAUAGGGGUAAAUUUAGUAUAGAGAAAUCCAAGAAUCUAAUUUUUACUUGGUUUCUAGUUUUCUCUUGGCAGAACUUGAAAUCAGGGUCAGUGUGAUAAGAUGGUCAAAUAUAAUUUGUCUAAUGUGGUUUGUACAUUGAAGAGACACAAGUAGAUGUCCAUUAGGAAACGAUAUGAGACCAAUAUACCUGGUUUGUAUUACUUAUUAAGCCUUUCUGAUCCUCCACUUGGGAUGGAUAAGUUAUUGUGCUUUUAAAUAUGUAUUUUACAUGAGAAAUGACAUUGAGUGUGACAUUAUUAUGA